GUGGAUGUGACGCGCACCUUUACUUUCACCGUCACGCUGCUGUCCUUCAAGUGCAGAAACAUGUCUGCCGACCAUCUGUCAUCGGAAAUUAUCAAUGCAAAUAAGCUACUGUAAGUACGUCACGUUAAACAAGUUGAACGCGUCGCGUUUUCACACACAUGCACUUGCUGCAGCAAUAAACUGCACGCGGAAGUAAUCCAGAGUCUGCUUACAGUACAUCCUUCAGAAAGACUGAAGGAUUAAUGUUCUCUAACAAAGUCACCUCUGAGUUCAACACCUGCCUUCAUUUCUGUGGUUUAUCCCAUUCACCUGCAGAAGAGCAAACAUGAACAAUCUGAAGUUUAUGCGGUUGAUCAUCGGCUGCUUGGUGCUUGUUGCCAUAGUGAAAUAUUUCUUUAGUCCCAGCUCAAGCAAAGACACAAGUCACAAGACCCACCAAAUCCUACAAAGUAAUACAUUCUGGGCUAACCAGCAUAUCCCAAAGCUGAAUCUGGUUCAUAAUCAGGAAGAUCCUGUCAAAAAAGAACAUACAGACAACACAGAGGUUCAGCCAGAGAAAAAGGAGAAGAUCAAAUCAAACCAAGAGGAGCCAGAACCAGAAAUUCCUGAUGAUACACACACAGAUCCAUUAAAAAUCGUGCACUUUGAUCUAAAAGGUGCCGCACCCAAAGUCAAAUACUUUGAACAGAUAUUCCCUCUCCUGUCAUCUCUGGGCGCUAAUGGGAUAUUGCUGGAAUAUGAGGAUAUGUUUCCUUAUGAGGGGGAGCUCAGCAUUCUCAAAUCAAGCUUUGCAUACAGUCCGGAAGAUAUAGAGGAAAUUAAGUCUCUGGCCAAACGGCACAAGCUUGAACUGAUUCCUCUGGUGCAGGUGUUCGGACACAUGGAGUUUGUCUUAAAACAUGAGAAGUAUUUCAAAUUGAGAGAAGUGGAGACAUUUCCCAAUAGCCUGAACUCUCUGGCCCAAGGAAGCAUGGAUCUUGUUCAAGACAUGCUAACGCAGGUUAUGAAGAAGCACCCAGAAGCAAAGUGGUUCCACAUCGGUGCUGAUGAGGUACGUGGCCUGGGCGAAAGUGAAGAUUCGAAGCUCUGGUUGCAAGCCAACAGUGGAGACAUAGGAAAGCUUUUCCUCAAUCAUGUGACCGCAGUUGGGAGAUUUAUGACCAAACUGAAUCGAGGAAUCAAGCUGAUCUUGUGGGAUGACAUGCUUAGGAAAGUUAGCUCCGACACUGUCAAAGAAUCGGGUUUGCAAGACAUUGCAUCGCCAAUGAUAUGGAAGUACAUCCCAAACAUGGAUGUGAAAGAGAUCGGUAGCUAUAUUCAUAAGUAUGAGCAGGCUGGAUUUAAGGGUGUGUGGUUUGCUAGCGCUUUUAAAGGAGCCUCUGGAAUUGCCCAGAAAUGGACUCCAAUCAAUCACCACUUAAAGAACCACCUACAGUGGCAGAAAGUCAUUGCAUCCAUGCCGCAGUACAAGUCUGUGAGAUUCCACGGCAUUGCUCUGACUGGCUGGCAGAGGUAUGAGCAUCACACUGUGCUGUGUGAGCUUCUCCCAGUGGCCAUCCCUUCUCUGGCUGUCUGUCUUCAGACACUGAAAUACGGUUCAUUUGAUGCCAAGGCACAGAGUGAGGCACAGCGCUUCCUUGGGUGUCAGGUUGAGCUGAGCAAAAAUGAGUGUAAGGGUGCAUCCUUUCCUGGCUCAGAUGUUUAUGAAAUGGUGCAGAAGAUCAACAACAAGCUUGAGAGUUCAGUUCAAAAGAUCAUGCAAAACUACCAUGUGAAGGGAUCAUUCAGCAAAUAUCAUCGCAAACACAACUUUGCAAACCCUCGAAAUCUUGCAUUUUUCAAAAAUGAUCUGAAAAAAUUGAUGGAUGAAUGGGAUUCUUUUUUAUUGACUUUCCGGCAAAGUAUGGAGGCGAUCUUCUACCCAGACACUUUAGAGGAGUGGUUGGAAGAGAAUGUCAAUGAACACAUAGAAAGACUUCAUGGAAUGGUGCUUGAUGUAGAACGAAUCAUAAAACUCAACGGACAGCCAAAGGGUGAUCCUCCGAAAAAGAGGUGAAACAGACAAGUGGACCAACGGGAAGGACAUUCCAAAAUGUGGCAUCCAAGCUACUGUGUUUUUUCCACCUCAGGGAUUUGGCUUAUUUUCUUAAAGUUUUACUGGAAGUGAUGACAACAUUCUUAAAAGUUGCAUAGAAGUACUUUUAUUAAUACGCUGUGUAUGCACUUUUGAAGAAGUGGACUUACUACUGUUGAUGCAUUUAUUUAAUCUGUGUUUAAGUUGACACAAAAUCAUGUAAAUUAUUUGCCUAGCUAAUGUGUUUUUUUUUUUAAUUAUUAUUGUUAUUAUUGUAAAUGUCUAGGGAUGGAACACAAUCAAACCUGCUGGACAUAGAGCUGAUGUUAAGUUUACAUCCGUCACAAUGCUAAUAACACAAUUUGCUGGAUUUAUUUCUGUGGGGUUUGUGUGUGUGUGUUUGCAACACAAAAUAAAAGAUAGCGUAAGCUAUUUUGUACCUGUAACGUUACAGUUUUCACUGUGUUUAUUACUGCAAAAACUCAGUAAUAAAAAAACUCAACAAGA